ACCAGGUUUAAGCUCCCUCAAACCGUAAGCUACAGUGAGGAAGAUGUGAAGCUUGCUCACUAUAUCUUUGCUGAAGAUCUUCCACCUGACGAACCCUUGGUCCAAACUAUGAUGGAUGUUUAUAGCCGGAAGACAUUGUGGAGCUUAUGCCCUGACUCAUGUGUCCAUGCCGAUGUAAUUACAGCAUUAGCUUGCCACUUGACCCUUGACGAACUUUGGAGGGAUGCUGAUCGUGGAAAACGGGUGUGCUUUCUGCCUACAGAAUUCCAG